AUGGCGGCCACAAUGUCGGCCACUCUGCAGUUCCCAUUCCAGGCCUCGCUGCAGAGAAAUAGCCUUGUGGAAUCCCAGGGCGAGCUAUAUGGAUUCGACGUGAACGCUUAUCACGAAAUACCGUCCCCAGACCUAGACGAAGAAGAGCAGCUGAAGGCGACAUACAAUAACCCGAGGUGGGACAGUCUGCCGAGCGACCAAGAGCUGUUUAUGAUGGCUUCACAAAGGCUAUCGAUGAUAGAACCGGAGGGGGAAAUGAUACGCGAGCAGCAGAUCGGCCUUAGCGAGGAGUUCACCCUCUACAACGCCCAUGACGAGGAGAAAGAAGUCGUCCGCUGCGAAUCGCCAGAAACACUCACGCCAGAAACUCAUUUACGGUUGUUAACCCCAACGGCGAUCCCUCGAUAUUAUUCUACGCCUAUAGUGGACAACGAUCCUAGCACAACUCCUGUCCUGCUCUAUGGCCUUGAGCAACCAUCUGAUUAUCUCCUUGCUGCAAGUCGGAAACUUGUUAAGUUGCGACCUAUGAGCUUUUUAGCUAGCGGACCAGCGAGCCGUCCUUCGUCGAGCCAUCGCCACCAACCCUCACCCUUGUCUCGAACAUAUAAGCCAGAGGCACCAAGGGAAAUAACGGCCGCUCUUCCACCCGCAGCUAUGAAACGAUUAUCAACUUUGCUCGAAACGACAUCACAGCAGAUUUACUCUACUUAUUCUGCAAAUGUACCCCGGGGUACUGCCACAGGCGCAUCUGUGACUUCGUCAAGUACUUCCUCAUCCACAACUUCGACUGUCAGAUCACGGGCUACCCAGGGGACGAUCGAUUCCAAUUUCAUGCCGACACCGCCAUCCACAGUUUCCCCAUCCCCUGUGUACGGUUUCCCCCAAGCGUCUGCUUCUGCUGAUCAGUUGAAGUCAACGCUGAUAAUGGCCAGAGCAAAUACCUCACUCGUAGACUUGGCUUCAGAGCAGAAUUCACGCAUGCAACCUCCACCUCUUCCAAAGCCCCUCCGGUUGCGAAAGACUGCUCCAAAUAUGAUGGAUUCAGUGUCUAACAAUAUCGAAUCCUCGUCGACAUCGGCAACAACACCCCGAAGCAAGCCUCGAGAUCACUCCAGACGAUCAUCUAUCAUCAGCAUUGCCUUUCCAAAACUCUCUUCUCUGGGCCACCGGCCAGGCGGAGAUCACGACAAACAAACGAUCCGAGCCGUUCAGCCGAAUACCCCUUCCUUCAACUUACAGCCUGUUAUCCCUGGACCUCCAAAUCAACCCCCAAGCAGACCCUUACCUCUUACUCCACCACUUGACAACCAAGUCUACUCCAACAAUAUACUCGCUCCAAUCCCACACAACUUCAUCCAGCCCGACGACAUCCCGUCACAUACAAAUUGCGACGAGGGCGUCUUGCUACCGGAAACCUCGGCUGCUGCUAUACCUUCACAGGCUAGAGGUAUCCGCCGCGUUUCUGUCGAAAAUAACAGUACCCAGUUCUGGAAGUCAUUUCAAUCCAGUUACCAUCAGCAGCUACAACAGCCGCAGCAUCGCCCACGUCAAGCAUCGAUUGAAAAGAAGUCUCAUCGACUGUCCAAAGUCUUUUCGCACUUUGUAUAUCAAUAA